AUGCUCAAAAAAACGAUGCAGCAGAAAAGACAGUCGAUCGUCAAAAACAAAAGCGAGGCGUACCCGCAGAAGAGCGUGAAUGUGGGACAGAAAUCAAAAAGUAGAAGUAAAAAUAUGAACAGCAAAAUAAAGGUAGUAGUGCGGAAAAGACCAAUAAGCGAGUUAGAGAAAAAAAAAAAAGACAGCGAUAUAAUUACAAUGAAAGAUAACUGUACGAUUUAUAUAGAUGAACCAAGAUAUAAAGUAGACAUGACGAAAUAUAUAGAAAGGCACGAGUUUGUUGUAGACAAGGUGUUUGAUGAAACAGUAGAUAACUUUACAGUUUAUGUGAAUACAAUAAAACCGUUAAUUGUAGACAUUUUUGAAAAUAAUUCUGUAUGUUCAUGUUUUGCAUAUGGGCAAACAGGUAGUGGUAAAACAUAUACUAUGUUAGGUUCUCAACCAUAUGGUCAGAGUGAAACCCCAGGUAUUUUUCAAUAUGCUGCAGAUGAUAUAUUUAAUUUUUUAAGUGUAUAUGAUCAGGAAAAUAGUAAAGGUAUAUUCAUAUCGUUUUAUGAAAUAUAUUGUGGUAAGUUAUAUGACUUAUUACAAAAAAGAAAAAUGGUAGCAGCUUUAGAAAAUGGGAAAAAGGAGGUUGUUGUAAAAGAUUUAAAGGUGUUGAGAGUUCUCUCUAAAGAAGAAUUAAUAUUAAAAAUGAUAGAAGGUGUAUUGUUAAGAAAAAUUGGUGUUAAUUCACAAAAUGAUGAAUCAUCUAGAUCUCAUGCAAUAUUAAACAUUGAUUUAAAGGAUAUAAAUAAAAACAUAUCUUCAGGGAAAAUUGCUUUUAUAGAUUUAGCAGGUAGUGAAAGAGGUGCUGACACGGUUUCGCAAAAUAAACAAACACAAACAGAUGGGGCAAAUAUAAAUAGAUCAUUAUUAGCUUUAAAGGAAUGUAUUAGAGCUAUGGAUGCAGAAAAAAAUCAUAUACCUUUUAGAGAUUCUGAAUUGACAAAAGUACUACGUGAUAUAUUUGUUGGUAAGUCUAAGAGUAUUAUGAUUGCUAAUAUAUCACCCACUAUAAGCUGCUGUGAGCAAACUUUGAAUACGUUACGUUACUCAUCAAGGGUAAAAAGCUUUAAAACAAAACCAAACACAAAUGAAGAAGAAGACACGAACAAUGAAAAAAUUAGUAUUCUAGAUUCUAAGAACUCAGAAUAUUAUAACAACUCAAGUACUGAGAAUAUUAACAUAAAGUCGAGUGGCUUCUUUCCUAGCAAUAAGAUUAGUCUAAGGUUUAAUGAGAUAAGGGAAAGGAACAUCAACAAUAGCACAAACAAUAAUAGCAGUAGCACCAACAAUAACCACAGCAACAAUCACAGCAACAAUCACAGCAACAAUCACAGCAACAACAACAACAAUGAUAAGAACAAUGGCAAGAACAAUGGUAGUGGUUCCCUUAAGAGCAGCAGUAAUAAAAACAUCGAAAAGAACAAAGAUACUUCAUGUGUCUACGGAAAAUACGGCUCUGUUAACGAAAUAGACAAAAUAAAAGAGAAAAAAAAAAAAAAAAGUCUAUUAAAUUUAAAAAAUAAUACAAAUUAUGAUAGUGCAAGUAAGAAGCAGAAUUUCAUGCAGCAAAGUUAUACCUUUUCGGACACCUCUGAUUUUUCCUCACUGGAUGAAAUGAACUGUAGCCUUAACAACAAUGAUAAACGUAUGUUUUUAACGAAAAAAAUUGGUAAACAAGAUGAUAAAUUAAGAAAUAGAAGCAGUUGUGAUACGAACAUGAGCAAAAGUAAAAAAAGCGACUUACAGUUACUCAGACAUAGUGUAGGAAGUAAACUAACUAAUUUUUCACAAGAAAAGGAAAAAUUAAAAGAAAAUUCUUUUUUAAAAAAUAGUAAUGUAAAUACUGAAGAGAAUGUCCUAUACAACAUGAACAACGUUAGCAGUCUCAAUGAAGAUAUUAAUGAUAACAACAAUGCAAAGAAUACUAUCAACCCUGUUGUACAUAUGAGGAAUGUUAAUGAAAGAGAAGACAACAAAGAGAAUGACAAUAUAUUUUUCGAUGCUGUUUCUCAUUAUACGGAUAAUUAUGUGAACAAGUUUAUCCCGUAUAUUGGUCAGAACUUAUUUAAUACGAAUAACAAUGCAAGUAUGAACUAUCCAUAUGUAAGUAACAGCAACGCUGGGGUGAAUAAUACAACGAAUUAUGGCAAUGAAAUGCAGAAUAAUGGUACCUUUAUUGACAUAAAGAAGAGGUCUACAAAGGGAACGAAUCUUCUUGUAAAUAACUAUCAGGAAAAUGGAAUCCAAACGAACGUGAGCAUGAAAUUAAAUGCAUUAGGAGAUACGGAAAAUAGUGCAAAUUACAUUUCAGCUACGUGUGUGGAAAACACUAACUUGGAAAACACCAAUAUCCCUAUCCCUAACGGAAGUGCGAACGAGACAAACAACAUAAAUAAUCAUCAAGAACACAAAGUAAGCGACUAUUUAGGCACUAACCCGAGCUAUGGUUACAACAACAACGAUUUGACUAAUUGUAAUGAAAAUGGAUUCGUAGAAUUUAGAACGAAAGAUACCAUUAAUAAAGAAAUAGUAGAUGUGAAUAAUAUGGAUGAAGAACGAACUCAUGCAAAUAAAAUGAACAAUUUUUCAAAUAAUGAUUACCUGAAUCAGUUCCAAAAGAACGUGAAUAGCAUGUUAGAUAGUUGUUUGAAUAGUUUGAACAUAACAAAUUUAUAUGAAGAUACACAAAGUAUAUUAAAUAAAAUUUUAUUGUCAAAGUAUAAAGCAGAUAAAGAUAAUGUCAUUAAGAAAUAUAUCAAUGAAGAUAUUAAUAUUAUGAGUUUAGAACAAGUAGACAAAUAUGCACAAUUAAUUUAUGAAAAAAGAAAAGUCAUAUUAAAUAAACUCCUGUUUUUAUUUAAAAAAAAUGUUGAUAUACAAACAAAUAAUGAAACUAGUGAUUUGAAAAAAGAUUUGGUCAUGUGCCAUAUAUGUAGUAAUAACCCAGAUGAUCAAUUUCAUUUUUAUGCUUAUAGUAGAUUAGAAAAGGACAUUAUUAAUUUAAUUAUGUUAAGGCAGUUAUGGUGUGAAAGCGAAAAUUUAAGACUACUGCAUCAGUUCUUAAUAAUGGAGUAUCAGAAUAAAUCGGCCAGCUCAAUAUUGUUUAACGUACCCCAGAACAGUGAAAAUGGUAGUAUCGUGCAUGGUGGUGUUGAUAGCAAUGUGAACUCCGGCUUACAUGCUAAUGUAAAUGCGAGCAUUCAUGCCAACUUAAAUACGUACUCGAUGAGCAAAAAAUAUGUGGACGAUUCCAAAAGUAGUGCCAAUGGUAGCUUCACUAAAACGGAGGUUAUUCCAGGCAGAAUGAUAAAAUAA